GGAUCCCUGGUAUCUACGUAUCGGUCGUCGUUUAAGGACGAAGGGCCGCCUUCGGGAUCGUUCGCAGAUCGUUCGACCACGAGAGAAAACCUGGCGCGAUGAAGACGGUGUUCGUCAUUCUGGCACUCAUAGCCGGCGUUCUCACGGCGCCGCAAUCUAAUCCGAACGAUAUCACAAUCGUGAACCAGGAGGAGGUGAACAAUAUAGGGGUAGGUGGGUAUCACUUCAGUUAUGAGCAGAGCGACGGUCAGAAGAGGGAGGAGACGGCAGAGCUGAAGAACGAGGGCACCGAAAACGAGUCCCUCAGCGUCGUUGGUAGCUUCAGUUUCAUCGCGCCGGACGGACACACGUAUAGGGUUGAUUACACCGCAGAUGAAAACGGAUUCCAUCCGACUAUCAAUCUCGUCGCAAAGUAAGCGGACUCGAGGACCGAAGUUACAUCACCUUAGGUCGUCGACAUACACGCUCGUGUGAUUACACACGAAUUAGGAUAUUUCUAAUCAUAUGACACUGCAAGGCACGCGAUUCACACCGAUGCGAAUGGCAAAGAGUUGACGUCAGUCGCUAGUUAGAGAACGAUCUUCCGCGCGAUCGUUCUUCUCUGGCCGAUUCGCUUUCGAUGAGUUUCGUGAUAUCAAUUGUGGUAUUUUACAAAGCGAGAGAGAUGCAUUUCUUAAAAUCAACAAUGAUCACGCAAUUAGACUAAUUUAUUAACACUUUUGCAUCGUCUUCGCUCCAAAACCAAGAAUAAUUCUUUGAGCAGUGCAGCACGUCGGCAAAUAGUAUAGAUAAAAUUACGAGUAGAAUUAGCAAAAUUAUUUCGCUCAAUAUUUCUUUUUCUCUUUGAUUUUCUCUUACAAUUAACGUAAAAAAUAUUCAUGAAUAUCGCAUAACAUCACGACUUACGAAACGCAUUGAAGUCUUCCACGAGUGAAACACGUGCUUACUUGCAACUGGCAAUAUGUAUUAUACAGUUUUCUCGAAACUACUAGUAAACGUUUUGAACGAGAGACGUCCUCUGUUUGCAAUUCUAUCUUUAUAGCGAGGCGACAAUGCAACACUCAUUGAGGUACCGCGAUAACUACGGUUUCUCCCUGGCGCAACCUUUCUUUUUUAUACACGUAAUCUAUAUGUAUAUUAUAUAACAUUUAUAACAAAAAACAAUUUGUUCAAAUAAACUUGUAUACAUACUGAA